AUGGCGCCAACGGAAAUGACCCCGCGCCGCUCGGUCGAGUACACGCCCACCUACCAGCGCUUCGUGCUCAAGCAAAAGUCGUACGCGCAGCAGUUCUCGCACAUCUACGUGAGCCGCCUGCAGCAGCUGCGCGACGUGGUGAGCGUCCAGGUGGAGGAGCGCACGGGCGGGCGCGUGCCCGUGCUGGCCAAGGUCAUCGACCUCAAGGCCGACGGCCGGGAAUGCGUGCUCAUCGGCACGCUGCUCAAGGUGCUGGAGGCCAAGCCGGACCUGUUCGACGCGCUGACGAGUGAGACGGGCGUCACGCCCAUCGAGAAGAUCGACAAGUCGCUGGCCACCGACAAGGACGAGCUGCUGCUCGAGGACGAGAGCGGCCGCGUGCAGCUCGUGGGCGGCAUCGACGUGGCCAGGCUCGUGACCGGCGUGGUGCUCGGCGUGCGUGGCCGCGUGCCGCGUGACGGAGGAGGAGGACAGUUCUUCGUGGAGGAGGUCUUUCUGCCGUCCUUCCCGCCGCAACACCCGCUGCCGGAGAGGCAGGAGAGCGAGUAUGUGGCGCUGGUGUCGGGCCUGAGUAUUGGCCGCAACAAGGACAGCCAGCCUCUGAAGAACCACGUGCUGGUGGACUAUCUGGCUGGCCGCCUGGGAGAUGACAAGGAGAAGGAGUUCGUCUCGAAGAUCGCUCGGACCGUCGUGGUGGGCAACGUCGUGGAAGCCGCAGGAGACGGAGAGGUCCAGGUGCCGACGAUCAAGCGCAAGACGGCGGAGCAGCUGGCCCUGGAGGGGGAGCCACUGAAGAAUGCCGACGAACUGGUGUCGACGCUGGCGGCGGCCAUGUGUGUCGAUGUGAUGCCCGGCCCGUCGGAUCCGAGCAACUACACGCUUCCGCAGCAGAGCUUCCACCCGUGCCUGUUCCCGCGCAGCUCGCACUUCAAGUCCUUCCGAUGCGUUACGAACCCGUACGAGGCACAGGUUGGAGGAGUUCAAUUCUUUGGAGACGCUGGGCAGCCGCUGCACAGUAUGCUGCAGUGCACUCUGCCAAAGGGUGAGGGCGACGGGGACGGCGACGCUGAUUUGACAACAGACGAAGACAAGGAGAAGGCUGAGCAGGAGCGCUCGCUGGAUUAUCUGGAGCGGUGUGUUGAGUGGCGCCACGCGGCUCCGACUGCUCCGGACAUUUUGGCUUGCUUCCCCAUGGCCAACGAGGACCCUUUCAUCCUCGAAACCUGCCCACACGUGUAUUUCUCUGGCAACCAGCCACGCUUCAGCACGCGUCUUGUUAAAGGUACGGUGAAGCUCUAUUAA